AUGACAAGUUUGUGUUCCACGUCUAAUUCCGUAACAUGUGCUUCGACAUCCCUAAAUUCGAUUAAUUUGGUGGAUACGUGGGGAAAUGGUACACUGAUGGUGACAAUGAAUUCGCAGUGGGCUUUUUUUCUUUCAACAAUGGUUUUGGUAGAUGGAAAAAGGGUAAAAAUUGUGAAGAAACACAGGCGUCGGUUCACGAGGCACGAAUCCGAUCGUUACCAUCGUUUGCGUCCAAACUGGCGAAAACCAAAGGGUAUUGAUAAUCGUGUCAGAAGGAGGUUCAAGGGACAGCGUCGCAUGCCGAAAAUUGGUUAUGGUAAUGCUAAAGCGACACGGCAUAUGCUGCCAAACGGAUUUAGAAAAGUAUUGAUACAUAAUGUUAAGGAUUUGGAUAUGUUGUUGAUGCAAAAUAAGAGAUUCGCUGGUGAGGUGGCGCAUGGCGUAUCAUCAAAGAAACGAAAAAGUAUUGUGGAACGGGCACAACAACUUAAUAUCAAAUUAACUAAUGGACAUGCAAAAAUCAGAUCUGAAGAAAAUGAAUAA